AAGCAGGGAACUUUACUCCUCUCAAACAGACCUUAUCCUCUGUCUCUUAUUUCUCUGUGCAUUUUGCUAUUAUGCACUCGCUUGCAUCGCCUGUUAUGCAGCCUCUCGCCUUUUCCGCGUCUCUUACUCAAUCUUCUCGCUCUUUCUACUCUCGUUUUUUCUGUAGCUCGCUUUCGAGGUCAAUUUUCCCGAAGAUCGAUACACGUCCUAAAUACUAUACUAAUUUCACCAAAUUCCCUCUUUUAAUAAAAAAUUGCAGUCCUAUAACCGCGAAACCUUCUUCUCAGAUUCGCAGGAGUCGCACCAAUAAAUCCGAGCCGGACGAGAAGCUCCUUGCUCUCCGCGAGCUGUUCUCCAAGCCUGGAAUUGGCAUCGACGCUUAUAUUAUACCUUCUCAGGAUGCUCACCAGAGUGAAUUCAUUGCUGAAUGUUAUAUGCGGAGGGCUUAUAUAUCAGGGUUUACUGGUAGCGCUGGCACUGCUGUUGUCACAAAGGAAAAUGCAGUUCUUUGGACAGAUGGUCGUUAUUUUCUUCAGGCUGAGAAGCAGCUGAACUCUAACUGGACCCUCAUGCGGGCUGGUAAUCUUGGAGUCCCAACUACAAUUGAAUGGCUUAAUGAUGUUUUGUCUCCUGGGGCAAAAGUUGGCAUUGAUCCCUUUCUUUUUUCUUUUGAUGCUGCUGAGGAGUUGAAGGAGGCCAUUGCUAGGAAGAAUCACAAGUUGGUCUACCUUUAUGAUCUGAAUCUUGUGGAUGAAAUAUGGAAGGAAUCAAGGCCAAAUCCUCCAAACAAACCAAUUAGAGUACAUCACCUAAAAUAUGCUGGUGUGGAUGUAGUAUCAAAGUUGUCUUUCUUAAGAUCUGAGCUUCUUGAUGCCGGUUCAUCUGCGAUUGUUAUUUCCAUGCUUGAUGAAAUUGCCUGGCUGCUGAACUUGAGAGGAGGUGAUGUACCCCAUUCACCCGUUAUGUACGCGUACUUAAUAGUGGAGAUUGAUGGAGCCAAAUUAUUUGUGGACAAUUCUAAAGUCACACCUGAGGUAUUGGAUCAUUUGAAGAGUGCAGGAGUCGAAUUGAGGCCUUAUGAUGCUAUCCUUUCUGAGAUAGAAAGUUUGGCUGCACGGGGGGCUGAACUUUGGUUGGAUACAUCAUCUGUUAAUGCUGCUAUAGUCAACAUCUACAAGUCUGCCUCUGAUAGACAUCUCGAGAACCUUGGAAGUAAAAAUAAUGGUAAAACUAAGAUAUAUAACAGCUCCAAUGGUCAAUCAUUAGGACCAUCUGGAGUUUAUAAGGCAUCACCUAUCUCAUUAGCAAAAGCAUUGAAAAAUCCAGCUGAAUUAGAAGGCAUGCGGAAUUCCCACUUAAGGGAUGCAGCUGCUCUAGCACAGUUUUGGACCUGGCUGGAAGAGGAAAUUCACAAGGAUGUUAAACUGACAGAGGUAGAUGUUGCAGAUAAACUACUUGAAUUUCGCUCAAAUCAGGCUGGUUUCAUUGAUACUAGCUUUGAUACAAUAAGUGGUUCUGGUGCAAAUGGUGCUAUCAUACACUACAAACCUGAACCGGAGACUUGUAGCAUUGUGGAUUCAAAAAAGCUCUUUCUAUUAGACAGUGGAGCUCAGUAUAUUGAUGGAACAACUGACAUAACCAGGACAGUGCACUUUGGUGAACCUAGUGCAUAUGAGAAAGAGUGCUUCACCAGAGUUCUGCAGGGUCAUAUUGCUCUUGAUCAGGCAGUAUUCCCAGAAAAUACACCUGGUUUUGUGCUGGAUUCUUUUGCUCGUUCUUCGCUGUGGAAGAUAGGGCUUGACUACCGCCAUGGGACUGGACAUGGUGUAGGAGCUGCAUUAAACGUUCAUGAAGGCCCUCAAAGUAUUAGCUUUCGUUAUGGAAAUAUGACUCCGUUGCAAAAAGGCAUGAUCGUAAGCAAUGAACCAGGGUAUUAUGAAGACCAUGCUUUUGGUAUUCGGAUUGAGAAUUUACUUCAUGUGAAAAGUAUUGACACUCCAAAUCGUUUUGGAGGGACAGAAUAUCUGGGAUUUGAAAAACUCACGUUUUUCCCCAUUCAGGCUAAACUGGUAGAUUUAUCAUUGCUCUCAGCUAGCGAAAUUGAUUGGCUUAAUGAUUACCAUUCACAGGUUUGGGAAAAGGUUUCGCCGUUGCUGGAUGGUCCCGCUCGUCAGUGGCUCUGGAACAACACACGACCACUUAUAGAACAGUGAAUCCCAUCUAGUUUCAAUAUUGUUGUUGCAUGUCCCAAACUUCUGAAUGGCAAAAAUAUAUAGGAGGGAUAUUUUUUCUGACGGACAUUUGUACGUGUAAAAUAGAUAUUUUACUAAAUAAAAUAUUUUAUUUGUAUAGAUA